AUGUCAGCCAUCGGACAAGCCAUCUCAUAUGUCACUGGGCUCUUCACGCCCUUCACGGGCUCGCCCACCCAGGAGCCGGAGUCAAAGGCGAAGAGCGGCCACCCAAAGAAGCCGACGGAAGUCAGCCAGAGUUACUUUCCGGAUGCCGGUUCUCGCCGCUCUUCGGUCUCCUCGUCAACCAGUUCGCAGGAAUCCGAUGCCCUGAAGACACCGCAGUCACAAUCGCCGGCCUACCCCCAGGAUCCUCUGUCGCGUGACUACCCAGCUCCGAGCAUGGAGGUCGACGUUGCACGGCAGCUGGCUCUGGAGCCACGCCAGCGCUCACUGCACCACUCGAUCAAGCGUGCCGCGACUUACGAGCUCGCACGAACAGUCGACGAUGCAGAGACCAAGGCGAAGAAGCUGGCGGCCGCCAAGGCUCGAAUCCUCGCACUGGCCGAGAAGGCUUGA